GAGAUAGAUAGCCUGAUAUGACGGCCGUUCACACCCGGCCCAGAGGAAACGUUCUAUCAGUUGCGCUUUGUAUACAACCACGAACAUGCGUGCCUUACUCAUACUGGCCGUACUUGCCUGCCUGCACUGGAACAUAAGGGCAUGUGAUCCCGACCAAAGUCACCAAGGCUGCAAAAUUUAUGGAUCAACAUGCUAUUGCGGUUACGGAUGCAAAAACGAGUACAUAUACAGGAGCAGAACGGAUUGCCUUAACGCCUUGAGAGAGCGCAACUCCAACAUCUGUAAUCGAAUGCCGUGUCUGCGAGGCAUUUGCAUACAAACUGUCCAGGACCCUGGCUUCACAUGCAAAUGCGAGGGCACCGGCUUCUAUGGACAGCGUUGUGAAAAAGCAUGUCCUUCCGUCGUGCCAUUGCGUGGUCUGAUCUACCCUCAUGAAUGCAUCGUGAUUUGAGAUGAAGGACUGAAACGAAAUCUCCAAAAUUAUAUUUAUUUAGUAACUAAUAGUUACUUAAUGCUAAUUUAAUUGUAUUUUGCACUUAGUAAUUACAUUUAAGCGUCAAGGUCGUCAAACACGUCGCAAUUUUUUAGAUUAUAAGUAUCUUAAAGGAUAUUUUAUCGUAGUAUUUGCAAAUACCAAUCAACAAUAAUUAUAAAGAUACCGAAGUGUACCAACGUAAUUAUCAAUACUAGAUAGGAGGGGCCGUUUCUGAGGCAUCAUUUUUCUAAAUUUAUCUCUUAUCCUAUUAUUUUAUUUUGGUACUUUAAUUUAGAUUUCGUUGUAAUUGUUUCAAAUUAACCUUUUUAUAUAUUGACAAUUGUAGUUUUUUUAUAAAAAAGAAUAUUUAUAAACAAUUGAAAUAAGAACAAAAAUAUACAUACAACACUUCAAGUCAACAGACGGCAAUUUUAUUUACAAUUAAUAUAAUAUAAAUAAUAAUAUAUAAUAACAAGACCAGCAUAUUUUACAAACAGUAAUAUCAAAUUGAAAUUUUAAUUUUAAGGAUAGGUUUAGAGAAAUUAUGUCUUAGAAUCCAACCUACUAUUGAUAAAUAGACGUAGUAGGACGCAUUCACGUAUUGAUAGACUGAAAAUACAAUCACAAAAAGGAAAGCAGUAAAUUGUAACACUAGUGUGCAUGUAACAGUUUUGAUUUGAUAUGUAAUUGAAAAUGCAGAAAAGUUCACAUACCUAUUUAUUAUAAUUUUUAUUUCAAUUUGUGGACGUUCAGAACAAAUUGGGUCAAAUUAAACAUAUUUACCAGUUCUUGUACAAAAUACUUCUGAUAGUUCUGUAAUAUUCUAUUUAAAUAUAAAGCGUAAGUACCUACGUGAAAAAAUUGCAAUUCUAUGGCUUUUUUUCCAAAUUUACACUCCAUUCUAACAAUUAGAACUUCUUUUGUUCAUAUUCCCGCCAAAUCCGCUUCGAGCCUAUAUUAUAUGAUGAAUAACCUAUUUUUCUAUCUCGCUCUUAUAUAUCAAUAUGUAUUUUCUUUUUAAAUUACCUAUAUUUAAGGUAUAAACGCUCUUUAUAUACAGACUGUGAAAAUUUCAUCACAAUCGAUUUAACCGUUUUAACUUUAAUAAAUAAUACAUGAAGCAAUAAACACAUAGAGGAAGUUUAAAAAAACCAUCAUUUUCAAUACAAUAUAUCGAUCCAUAAAGUAAAUUGUUAAAAAUGUUUAAAGUACCAUUUUACAGGUGGCGCCACAUUAAGUUUAUCUUCGAAUUCGUAUUUUCGGCCACCGAAGAUGCAAUGAAUGUAAUGUGCCUUACAAUUUAAGGGUGAUCCGUUUGUAAUAGCCAGUUAAGAGGUACUUUUUCAGAAAUAGGUAUGCGGCAUUUAUGUCGAUCUUUAAACUAUAAAAUUAUAUUACGAUAUAAAGUUAAGUUUAAUAAAUGACAAUAAAAUAUAAAUACCUAAUGAAAUAAAAAUAUGAAUUUCUA